AUGAGACUUAAACUUAGAAUAAUAUCUUCCAAUUGCUCUUUUUAUUUCAGAUGCUUUUUUUUUCCGUUUUUUUUCUGUUUUGAACGACGUUAUAGAAGGCUUUUUUCGAGUAUAAAAGAUAAACCUGUAGAACGCACAAAAUUGGCACAAAUAUUGGCAAAAACGAUCAAUGCGGCUGGACCGAUGACUAUUGCUUCUUUUAUGCGGCAUUGCUUGACUGAUCCUGUGAUGGGCUAUUAUACUCGCCAUGAUCCAUUAGGUCCACAAGGAGAUUUUAUUACAUCUCCAGAGAUUUCCCAAAUUUUUGGUGAACUUGUAGGCAUUUGGAUGGUUUAUGAAUGGAUUGUCAAAAACAAGCCGACCAAGACAACGCUUGUUGAAUUGGGACCGGGACGAGGAACAUUGGCUGAUGAUUAUUUAAGAACAAUGACGACAUUUAAAGACUAUGUUCGGACGAUAGAGUCUUUACGAUUAAUUGAAACAAGUCCUGUUUUACGUGAAUCACAGCAUAGAAAGCUUUGCGGUGCAAAUAUUUUGAAACGUGUCGGUGAAUAUGUGUUUCAGUCUAUGAGUAAAUAUGGUGUACCUGUGUAUUGGUAUGAACAAUUUGAACAUAUUCCUAAAGAAUUGCCGACACCAUUUGUUAUUGUUCAUGAGUUUUUUGAUGCUAUGCCGAUUCAUAAAUUCGAGAAAACUAAGUGUGGUUGGAGAGAGUUUUUAGUUGAUUUUGCUGAAAAUCAGACCUCAAAUACCGAGGAAUGUAAAGGAAAAACUACGAAUGUUCCAGAGUUUCGAAUGACGCUAUCGAAGCAACCUACUUAUCACAGUUUGACACUGCCGAAUAUUUCUCCGCGUUAUUCUGUGCUUCCUGUAACUUCAUGUGUGGAAAUAUCUCCAGAAUCGCUCGUUCUUAUUGGAAAAAUUGCAAACAUGCUUCUUAAUAAUUCUAGUUAUGCACCUGGAUCUGCUUUAAUAAUUGAUUAUGGACCUUUGGAUACUAUUCCCAUUCAUACAUUACGAGGGAUUCGUGCACAUCAUGUUGUAUCUCCAUUUGAGGCCCCUGGAGAGGUAGAUCUUUCUUCUGAUGUGGACUUUCAAGCACUCAAAGAAGUUGUUCUUAAGAAUAAUGAACUUGAUGUUUAUGGACCUGUUGAACAAGGCACUUGGUUGAAAGCAAUGGGGAUUGAAUUAAGAGCAAAAGUCUUGAUUGAUGCUUCUACUUGCUCUUUUAGUAAAAAAAGAAUAGAAUUGUCAUAUAAAAGAUUAAUUGAAAGGGGUGGUGGUGCUAUGGGGAAAGUGUAUAAAGUUAUGGCUAUUACUUCGAAAAGAAAAGAUAUUCCUGCUGGAUUUUGUUAA